GCACCUUGUAUUAGCUUGGUUUACAAAUACAAGAAUUUUGUCUAUAUUUCACAAUUCACCUUAUAAAACAAUCAUAAACCACAAAUAAAAAGCUAAAUUAAAAGAUAAAAAUGUUAGCGGUACGAGCCUUCUGCUUCCUCUUCCCACUAGUAUGGUUAAGUUUGGCAACCCCCAUUGCGAAACCUGGCUGCCAACCUAGCUGCGGAAACAUAAGUAUUCCCUACCCGUAUGGUAUCGGCAGCAGCAAAGACGGGGAUGCAUGUUUCUUAAAUGAAUUCUACAACAUAAGUUGCGUCGAGACUGCCGAUCAUCCGCCAAAAGCCUUUUUAAAAGGCAAAAACAUUGAGAUUCUUAACAUAUCCAUUAACGGGCAGAUCCUUGUUAAGAGCUUUGUGGCAACUGCAUUCUACAAAAAAGGACAAGUUGUAAAUUCAACUUCUGUAGAAGAUGAAGCAGAUAUAUCAAGUUAUCCAAUGGUAUAUUCCUACACCGAGAACAAGCUUAUCACCAUUGGCUGUGAUGAUUAUGCCGUACUUGGCAGGGUUAGUGCCUCUGAAUCUGCUUUAACAGGUGGGUGCAUUGCAGGGUGUGAAGAUUUAUCAGUCGUGGUAAACGGAUCGUGUUCAGGGGUUGGUUGCUGCCAAACAUCCAUCCCAAUCGCGUUGUUUAAAUAUAACUUAAUGUUAGGUAGUUUGAAGAACCACACAACGGUUGACAAGCGUAAUCCAUAUGGCUACGCUUUCAUAGGGAAACCGAGUAAGUUCAACUUCACUGUUGCUGAUCUUGGUGACCCUGACUUCGCCAAGAGAACAAGAGACACUGUUCCGGUCGUCAUUGAUUGGUUUGUUCGGUAUGAUACUUUUUCUUCCGCUUAUCCAACAGUAUCAUAUAACGAUUUUACUAAUCACAUUAACAUCAAAUGUCACGAUUAUAAGCCUUGCCAUGGUGGCUGUGGCCAACAAUGUAGUUGUCUUCCUGGUUACCAGGGUAAUCCUUAUCUUCGUCCCGGAUGUACAGAUAUUGAUGAAUGUACAAAUAUUUCAAGUACUCAUUGUUCUCAUAUUUGUAUAAACACGGAGGGUGGCUACAAAUGCUCUUGUCCGAGAGGAUAUCAUGGAGAUGGUUGGAAGAAUGGAACACGUUGUGUCAAUUCUUUUCCAAAAGUAGCUGUAUAUAUCUGUGCAGUAUUGGGAUUGCUACUUUUGCCUCCAGUUGGGUGGUGGUUGUAUUUUAUGAACAAAAAAAGAAAGGUAGUUAAGCAAAAAGCUAAGAACUUUAAGAAAAAUGGUGGUUUGUUGAUGCGACGUCGUAUGUCGUCUGAUGAACGCUUAAUGGAAAGAGCAUAUUUCUUCACCAUUGAUGAGCUGGAAACAGCCACAGACCACUUUAAUGAGAGUAGGAUACUUGGACGAGGAGGGCAAGGUAUUGUUUAUAAGGGAAUGCUAGGUGAAGGGAGACUUGUUGCUGUAAAAAAAUCUACGACAUUGAAUGAAAGCCAGCAAGAAGAUUUCAUCAACGAAGUUGUUAUCAUGUCUCAAGUAAUUCAUAGGAGUAUAGUCAGGUUACUAGGAUUCUGUUUGGAUUCGGAAGUCCCAAUACUAGUUUACGAGUUUAUCCCCAACGGAACUCUUUUCAAUAAUCUCCAUCAUCUAUAUGAAGAGUUUCCAAUCACAUGGACAAUGCGCUUGCAAAUUGCUUCCGAUUUAGCAAGAGCACUUCUUUAUCUACAUUCAUUUUCUUAUGUUCCUAUACUUCAUAGGGACAUCAAAUCUUCCAACAUUCUAUUAGAUGAUAAGUACAGGGCAAAGUUAUCGGAUUUUGGGUUAUCAAAAAAUGUGGCUCUCGAUCAAACCCAUGUAAGCACAGAUGUUAAGGGAACAUUUGGUUAUUUAGAUCCUGAAUUUUUUGAGACAAGCCAAUAUACUGAGAAGAGUGAUGUUUAUAGUUUCGGUGUGGUCCUUGUUGAACUUUUAACAGGACAAAAGGCAAUACGUGCUAUGUGCGAACAAGAAAGAAGUUUGGUUUCAUGGUUUCUUUCACAUAUGAAAAACUCUCAAUUACUUGUCAUUGUGGACCCUCAAUUGCUAAAAGAGAGUUCGAAGGAAGAGGUUUACACUAUUGCUGAUCUUGCAAUACAAUGCUUGAAUAAGAAAGGUAAGAGAAGACCCGCUAUGAAAGAAGUUCUACUUGUACUAGAGACAGCAGAGUCUCGUCAUAUUAAAUUGGCCCAAACCGAUGAAGUACAAACCAGCUCAAUACUCGAGCAAGUGUUGACUGCUGGAAUAACUUGCAAAUCAAAUGAUGAAAAUGUUGUAGCUUCCUCUACAUCUAGUAUGGAAACACCUUAUUUUAGAUCAGCUGAAGUGUCUUUUUUAUCUGACACCAGGCGUUGUAGUGAUAUAGAGUAAUGAGAAGCUGGACUUGGCAGUGUUGUUUUUGGCGGGAAAGUUUGUUAAGAAAUUAUGUUAUUUUCAUAUUUAUUGUUUUCCAGUUUAUUUGCAUAUGCUGUUAUUUUUGUGUAAUUGUAAGAUGUGUUAAGUUUUCUAUAAAGAACUAAAUCAGUUGGAAUUUUAAUUCUCAUUGAAUGAUAAUUACGCUAAAUCCUUCUCUCCG